CUUGUGGGGUUGGCUGCAAUAGGAGGAGGCCAGGAUAUUCCUGAAUGAACAGCUCAGGCCCCCUGCCACUUGUCAGUGUCACCUCAGGCUGCAGCCAGUUUCUAUAGCGACGGCACUGAUCCAGGGCUCCAGAGUAGUAACAAAGCCUGUUCCCUGCUCUCAGACACUCGCUGCUGCUGAGGCUGAGGGAGGACGAGGGCACCGUCUCCUGAAGAAACCCUGCCUGCAGCACUCAAAACAGAAACUCCACAUUGUCUUGUUUACAUGGAUCCAUGGCACAGAGUGAAGGACACACAGUACAAAGUCAUUGACAGAAGCUGAAAAUGAAUGAAGAUUACUGGUACUUGUGAUGAUGUUUUCCUGACUGAUAUGGGUGAUGUGAUAAUCUGAGAGGCGCCCUAAUAGCAUCCUUAGUGAAGCAUUUAUUUUUGACUCCCAUCAUCAUACGUCUACAAACCAUUAGAAGAAAUGAUCAGUCAACUACCAGAGGAUACUGUGGAGUCCCAGGGUUUAGAUGAGCUUGAGUGCAAGAUCUGUUACAACCGCUAUAAUCAGAGACAGAGGAAACCAAAAGUGCUGGAGUGUUGUCACAGAGUAUGUGCCAAAUGCCUUUGCAAGAUCAUAGACUUCGGGGACUCUCCUCAGGGAGUCAUAGUGUGCCCAUUCUGUAGGUUUGAGACAUGCCUGCCUGAUGAUGAGGUUAGUAGUCUUCCUGACGACAACAACAUCCUUGUGAAUUUGGCUUGUGGGGGAAAGGGGAAGAAGUGCCUACCAGAUAAUCCUACAGAACUGUUGCUAACUCCCAAAAGGCUGGCAUCUCUUGUUAGCCCUUCUCACGCUUCCUCCAACUGCCUGGUUAUAACCAUCAUGGAAGUGCAGAGAGAAAGCCCACAGACUCUGAACUCCACCCCGGUGGUGGAAUUCUACAGGCCCACGAGUUUUGACUCUGUUGCAACUGUAUCCCACAACUGGACAGUGUGGAACUGUACAUCCUUGCUCUUCCAGACCUCAAUUCGAGUGCUCAUUUGGUUGUUAGGUUUGCUAUACUUUAGUUCCUUGCCUUUAGGGAUCUACUUACUGGUAUCUAAGAAAGUCACCCUGGGGGUCGUUUUCGUCAGCCUUGUUCCUUCGAGCCUUGUUAUUCUCAUGGUUUAUGGCUUUUGCCAAUGUGUAUGCCAUGAGUUUCUGGACUGCAUGUCUUCUUGAUAACAAAUAUAGUCAAAUAAGAUACUGCCAUGUUUGUAGCAUAAUUUAUCUUCUCUGUUGUAUUCUUAUUUAUUAUUAUUAUUCAUCACACUAAACAGAAGCAGUAGGCACAAUUUUAUGGUCCAUUUAUUUUGUUUUUUAAUUUUGCUUUGAUAUUUAUUGUGCUUUGUUCUACUUGUUCAUUAUACUAACCAAUGGAAAUAAAAUUUACAUGUCAAUUUUUAAGGUUAAGCUAUAGGAAAAAAAGCAAAAUUGCCUAACCUGAUGCUGCUGCCCUUAUUCAGAUAAGUAGCACUGGUCUUCAACUGGAUUAGUCACGUGCGUCAGAGAAGCAGGACCAGGCCCUUGGAAGACAUUGGAACAUUAGGCAUCCACCCAGGCAAAGCCUAUAUUAUGUUCUGUUUUGUCAUGUGUUAUGUCUGUUAGUGAAUUAAGUCUCUUUGUUGUUUAUUAUAAGAACAAGACAAGAUACCAUAGGUUCCACCAGCCUUUGUUAUAGCACAAAUCUUUGUUGGAGAUAAUUGGUUACUGACUUCCCUUUCUCCACUUAAAAGACAGUAGCACCCUGGGGUAGGGAGAGUCAAGAUGUCUUCUUGUCUUAGUAGAAAAAUCUCUUGCGUACAUCUCCCCCCCAUACACCCACCAUGCAUGCAAUUCUCCUUAUGCUUGCAGCUCCCCUUGAGACUCCACCCCAAGACGCAACCACGCAUGCUCACUCCCCAGGGCCGGCUCUAGGCACCAGAUGAGAAAGCACUUGCCUGGGGUGGCACAUUGGCUGGAAUACCGCCCCUUACAAUCUUGAGGCGGCACAUUCCGGCUGCCCUGCCGUGGUUCUUUUUUUUUGCGUUGGCAGCCUGGUCCGCAGCUCCGGGGCUCCUGGCCGGCUCCCUGCACUCCGCCAGUCCCAGCCCAGCCCUGCAGGGGCACGGACCCCGGCCCGGGGGGCAGGAACUAGCUAUCCCCGCCGCUCACUGUGCCACCGGGCUCCCCGGGAUGCACCACUCCCCGCCGCCUGCACCGGCCUCCGCCUCCCACGCUGCUCUGAGCUCGGCCCAGCCGAGCCACCUUUAAAGGAGUGGCUGAGCCAGCACCUCCUGCAGCCCCUGGGGGCUCUGCCUGCCCAGCCGGGAGAGGCAGCCCAAGACCAGGGGGGGGAGCCCCUCUCGCCCGGCUGCGAGGCGCCGCCCUUCACCCCCCUG